AUGGCUUUGAGAACAAAAAUACUUCUCUACAUCGAUGCCUCUAAAAUGGAGGAGGCUACGGAAUUUUACACUAAUGCACUUGGGGCUGUCAAAGUAUCCGACAACUAUACUACAGGAGGAGCUAGGCACCUAGAAUUUAAAGCAUUUGAAACCAGCUUUGUUCUCACUGACCAUCGCUAUUCUAAUUUGAGCAUGGAAGGCCCCAUAAUGCUGAAUGUGAAGUACUCUGAUUUUCAGCAUUACAAGCAAAAGCUCCUCGAAGGAGGAGGAACUUCGAGAGAAUUUAAAGAAUCAUUAGAGGAGAAGUGUUUGGCCAAUCCACUUAGUGCUCAGUAUGGAGGGGGCAUUGUUGUAAAUCCGGAACUAAACAACGGGUCGAAAGGAUGGUUCGCGUUUGGUGGUGGGAGACUAGAAACACGAAAAUCAGAAGUUGGGAGUAAUCCCUUCAUCGUGUCUAGUCGCAAACACCACCAAACGCACCAAGGUUUCAUCUCUCAAAGGUUCUAUUUGGAGAUAGGAAUGCUUUACACUUUUUCCGCUUGGCUGCGAGUAAGCGAUGGAACCGGGGAAGUUGAUGUAAUGUUGAAAUCGCCGAAAGAGGUGGUACGGGUUGGUUCGGUUGUAGCCAAAUCUGGAUGUUGGUCUAUGAUCAAGACUGGCUUUAGUGUCAAUGUUUCUGGUCAUUCUCAUCUUUAUUUUAAGAGUAAUAACAGAGAAACAGAGAUAUGGGCAGACAGUAUUUCAUUACAACCAUUUAGCCAAGAGCAAUGGAUGUCUCAUAGAGACAAUACAAUUGAAAAGACACGCAAGAGUUUAACAAGAUUUCAAGCCGUGAAUAAAAAGGGUAAGCCAAUAGAAAACGCGACAAUCACCAUAACCCAAAUGAAACCUGAAUUCCCCCUGGGGUGCACCAUUAGCAACAAGGUCCUAACCAACAAAGCCUAUCGAGACUGGUUCGUUUCCAGGUUCAAAUUCACAACCUUCGAGAACGAGAUGAAAUGGCUAUUCAACGAAAAAAUCAGGAACAAAACCAAUUUCAUUAAAGCAGAUAAGAUGCUCAUUUUCGCGAAAAAACACCAUGUCUCUGUUCGUGGCCACAAUGUAUUUUGGGAAAACCCGAAAUUGCAACCGUCGUGGUUCACUACUCUUCCGGUCGAUAAAUUUCGGAAAGCUGUCGAUGGAAGAAUUCAUUCUCUAGUUAAACGUUACGCCGGCCGUUUACUGGCGUGGGAUGCGAUUAACGAGAAUUUGCAUUAUCAUUUUUAUGGCACAAAGCUAGGGAAUAAUGCAAACGCAAUUUUGCUUAAUAAGAUUAAUAAGGUUGAUCCGAAAACAGUCUUGUUCAUAAACGAUUAUGGUACGAUUGAGAAUGAGCGAGAUCAUCCGGUCACCCCGGAUCGUUAUAUCAGGAAGAUUCGAGAAGUUCGAGAUGGUGGUUAUCAUGGACCUUUAGGAAUUGGGCUCGAGGGCCAUUUCACUGGCGCACCGAACCUGGCUUUCAUGAGGGCUGCUUUGGAUAAGCUUGGUGCGACCGGUUUACCCAUAUGGCUCACUGAAGUAGACGUUACAGGACACAACCAGGCACAGAAUUUGGACCAGAUUCUAAGAGAAGCUCAUGCACAUCCUAAAGUUAGUGGAAUUAUUAUAUGGGCGGCAUGGAACCCAGAUGUAAAUCCUGGAACUUGUUACCGGAUGUGUUUAACCGACGACAAUUUCCGUAACUUGCCAACAGGGGAUGUUGUAGACAAAAUUAUUUGGGAUUGGGGGAAAGAGCCGGCGGUCGGACCGACGGAUGCAGAAGGUUAUUUUGAAGUUGGACUCUUUCAUGGAGAUUAUGAGGUGACGGUUAUGCACCCAGAUAUGAAAAAUGGUUCGGUUACUAAAACCAUCAAAGUUACAUCUUCGGAUCUCACAAAUGUCCCUGGUCCGAGUCAUGAUCAUCUCAUCUCUCUAUAUGUAUAA